AAGAUCCAGUCGUGUGUUCAUUAUUUAUACCUAUGGGUCUCGAGAAUUUCCCCUUUAAUAAUGAUCCUUGUCAUAUCUUGAACGACUGCACGGUCUCUUGGUUACUUUGUAAUGUAAAUGAACUAUAUUUCGAAAAAAUGAUUACUGAAAUCCGCCAUCCAUAUCGUUCAAUUAUAGAGCCUAUAUACCAGAAUAUCACGACUUGUCAUGACAUUUGCAACAUUGUCCCAGAGUAUUUACCUUCCUUACAAAGGAAGACCGGUAUCACAGCCAGAAGACACAAAUGGAACAAUGGGUCAAAGUUCAUCCAGCAUAGUACAGAAUGGUUUCGAGCUUCAUGGGUUCUAAACUAUAACUUCGCCACCUUGCAAUUGGGGGAACCGAUCAAGCACUCCUCAAUUGCAAAGACGUCCGUUUCAUAAGUGACCGCCUUUACUUGUGAGAACCCAGCCAAGCACACAGAGAGCUUUCCAUGCUUGUUUCUUUUUCAAUUCCUAUCAUACCCAUUCGUCAUGUGAAGAUCAUUAUUCGCGGAGAUAUCAGGACUGGGAAGACCUCUUUCUUUGAGCGAUUGCAGGGGCUUCCCUUCCGAAAUGAGCGUGAGUACAGGACUACAAAGCAGAUUCAAGUCGCCAACAUCCCUUGGCAAUAUCCUCAUACAAAGGAUAUUAUUAAAGUGGAAGUGUGGGAUGUGGUUGAUAAAGGAAUACAAUCUGGAGACCUGAAGGCCAGUGGCGGGUCCUCGCUUAAGAUCGAUAAUAAUACUCCCUCAUCGCCUACAAAAGCAAAGUCGGCACAAGAUACUGAAGUAGCACCCCAUGCGGCCUUUGCUCUUGAUGCUUCUACCAUUGAUGUGUACCGCAAUACGGAUGGAGUCAUUUUGCUUUAUGAUAAUUCUAAACCAUGGACAAUUGAUUAUGCAGCUCGGACGCUCGCUGACAUUCCAACAAACAUACCCGUUCUGUUUUUGAGGAAUUUUUCAGAUGAUAGUCAUAUUAAGACUAUUGUUCCUAGUGAAGUUGUUGAGGCAUUAAUGAAUGAAUAUAAUGCUAUCCGUCGUAGACAUCCAUGCUCGCCGGCAAACCUCAUUAGACAUCUGAAUACUAGUAUGAAAACAGGAUUAGGAUUGAAAGAGAUACGCGAGAACUUUGAGGGAGACGCACAGAAAACAAUUUGAACAAAAGACUCAGGAAAUUAAUAAUCUUUUGAAGAAAUUGGAUGAAAGUAGCCAGCAGCUAUAUACGCGAUCAAUUCAGCCUCAGUACCAUCAACAGCAACAGCAACAACAGCAGCAGCCUACAACGGCAAAUGUUAUUCCAGCACAGCCCUUAUCUCCUAAAGAUGCAGCUGUCUCGAAAAGAGCACUAAAACUAUUUACGCCUAUUCAGACUACAGGGCCAGCUAUCC